GGGCCGCGUGCGUGUGUUUCCGCAGCGAGAGCGAGGAGGAGGUGCUACUUGUGAGCAGUAGUCGCCACCCAGACCGAUGGAUUGUCCCUGGAGGAGGCAUGGAGCCUGAGGAGGAGCCGAGCGUGGCAGCGGUCCGUGAAGUCUGUGAGGAGGCUGGAGUGAAAGGGACAUUGGGAAGAUUAGUUGGAAUUUUUGAGAACCAGGAGAGGAAGCACAGGACGUACGUCUAUGUGCUGGUGGUCACGGAAGUGCUGGAAGACUGGGAAGACUCUGUUAACAUUGGAAGGAAGAGGGAAUGGUUUAAAAUAGAAGAUGCUAUAAAAGUGCUGCAGUGUCACAAACCCGUGCAGGCCUCGUAUUUUGAGACGUUGAGGCAAGGCUACUCUGCCAACAAUGGCACCCCGGUCGUGGCCACCACGUACUCGGUUUCCGCUCAGAGCUCCAUGUCAGGCAUCAGAUGACUGAAGACUUCCCGUACGAGACGUGGAAAUUGGAACCUGGACUGAAGCGCAGCUCUUCCCUCUCACCCUGGCUCUUUUCACCUCCUCACAGGCCUCCUCUUUCAAAUAAGGCAUGAUGGGCAUCCGAAAAAGGGUGUGUUGAUAAUGUUGCAGUUUGGUGUUACGUGAUGGGGCUUUGUCUUCUCUUUUCGAGGGGUGGGGGUGGGUAUAUGUGACGUGUAAGUACUUCUGUGCAUGAGCGCCUCCCUCGUCCUCCUGCGACCUCCCGAAGGGAGGCAGCCAGCCUCCCCCUGCCUUGGAUCCUCACAUGUUCCUGUGUGUCUCACCCCAGCCCCAGCCAGACCUUUUUCUUUGAUUUUUAAUGAUUUUUUAAUUGAAAAAUACCAGUGUGAGAGGCGACCUUUCGAGACUUUGUCCUGUAACGUGCCGCUUAGUCCAGUAGCAUGGUCACUUUCACUCCAGGGAACAUUUAUCUACACAUUAUAUACGGGACAUAUAAUAUGUAAAUAAAUGACUUUUAGAAAGAGGAAUUUGUUCAGUUUUUUUAAGGUUUGGUUUGGUUUUGUUUUUGCUUCUGUUUUUUAAUUUGGGUUCUGUCUAGAAUGGAGAGCCUCACAGUUGAUUUCCUCUUUUGUUUGUGAUGCUAGGGGCUAGGCAGACCUCCCUGUCCUCCCUAUUCGCCAGUCAUUGGCUGUAGUUACGUAGCCACAGGAAGAGCUUAGUUACCUUCGCCGUGCUCCCGGGACUCAUGGCCUUCUCUUCUCCAAGCUGUGUUUCCAUGCCAAGAAAGAAACAGGAGGAAACCUAUUUUCUUUUCUAUGACCAAGCCAGGAGCAAACGGCCUCAGCCUCCAUCCGGAGAAACAGUGACAGAGAUCGAAUUCUGCCCUACGUGUUGACAAUAGGGCUUGAACUGGAUUUUGGUAUUACUCUCUAAAAAACUGGAGCGUCGAGCGCCGUUUCUAGCCCGCUGGUUGGAAUCUUCCAUAAUGCUCCUCCGUGCCGACAAGGCCUCUCUUCCUGUCGUACAUGCCUUACGCCGCACUGAGCUGGAUGUCGCCCUCGCACUCCGGGGCACCUAACUGUACUCGGCAAGUGCGGCCGCGUAGUUCUGUCCCCACGCCGGGAGCCACACUGAGGUCCUGAGAAGUCCACAGCGGGGAAGUCCGGGUGUUGGCUAGUCUUCGGCAUGCGCAGCACUUCUCUGGCCCCGUGGAGCCUGCUCAGAAAUCCUAAAUUGGUCUCCCACCAGGAUGGGGGAGGCCCCCUCUGCGGAGAAGCGGAGAAGCGCUGUGAGAGGGAGGCCGUCAUUUCCUAGCGCGGCCUUGGAACGCACUGGCUCCCUGCAAACUCCCUUGUUUCUGACACAGGUCUCCUGCUGGCGUCGUUUGCCGGUUGUGUUGUUUAGUUGGAAAGUAAAAAGGUCUUGGAAUUGGGAGGGCGGAGAGUAGGGAGCGGGACACUGAUUGAUCCCUGGCUCGGGACAGGAGAUGGUUGCUGUACUCUCAGUGGCAUCUCCUUUGUCAGAACAUAGCCAAGAUGUGAAGUUUAAAUCGUAGUUUUCUUUAUUUAAAAAUUCUAAUAAAUACGCAAACUUUGAAAAGCUUUUGCUCUUCCCUCCCACCACAGUCAGUGUCUGUCCUGGCGGUCCUGUCAUAGAGUGUCAGCGUCUUGGGGGACAUCAGUGGUGGACUUGAAGUUUUGCUGUCUCCUCAGUCUGCAUCCUCUCUCUCAGCCCUGACACAGGCAAAGGCAGUGCCAGUGGCUUUCUUGGGAAGCCAUCGUACACAUCUGUGCGACAGUGAAGGUCCCAGGGGAGAGAAGCAGCACCACGGGCUCUGAGCCCACGCACUGUCUUGCUGUUCCCACACCCUGCUUAAAAACAAACGCCGCGUCUUACUGACUUAGAGCGUCCCAAGGCUCUGUACACAGGAAGGCAGGAAUGACAUCGUUGUAACUUAGUGCUAAGUUCAAUCCAAAAACCGUCUUCUACAUAAAUUCUCCACAUAAAUUCUACCUGUGUGACACGGAGUGCAAAGGAACGGCAGUGCUAGCAGUAACGCGUGUGUUUCUCAGUGUGGAGACGGAGUGACCGGCCGGUGUGACAGUGCCCUGCCCUCACAGGUCCAGUUCUGGUUGUGGUUGGCGUCUCUGAGUCAGGGAGGUGACGUGAAUGGGUCCGAUCAGUGCAGUUAACUGGAGAGGCAGCGCUGCUGCUCUCCUAACUGGCAGAGGGAGGCCUUGUCUGACUCCAGGACCGAUGGGCCUGGCGCUCUUUCCUGCUGCACUGGGGUCCCGAUGCGCAGAGAUUGGCGCGUUUCCCUCCCGCGCAGCGUCACCGCCGUGGCUGUCCUUGCUGCUGUGUAGUCUCGGUCCUUUGUGCUGGAUUAGUUAGGCCCAUGGUUGCAGUACCCUUCAUCUUCCCAAAGAGAUGAGAAACGAAGAAAGUACGGGAACGGCCCAACUUGCAGGGUGCUUCGUCGGCGCGGUCUCCCUGUUCCUUCUAGUGCUGGCCUGGGUGGGCUCCACGGAGACAGGUUCCUGUGUCGCUCUGUCGCGCACAGUGAGUGUCCCUGGCCUAGCCUUGGCGUUCACCGUUCACCAGAGCCCACCAUGUGCAGGGUAGAAAAAGGCAGAGAUGGAUUUUUAUUUUAAUUAAAUUUGGCUUUAGUUUAUAAAUUGCAGACGUUGGGGAAAUCCCAGUGAGGUCAGGCAAUCUUUUUGGGCCAGGACUUUGUGUGUGUGUGUGUGUGUGUGUGUGUGUGUGUGACCUAUGUUAGAUUUUCUGUAGCUUUCUAGAAACAACGCAGCCCAUUAAACAAGAGUCUUGACUUUUCUCACAGCAAAUGGAACAGGAUGGAACAGUGAAUGAACUGACGGUAUUUUGUUUUUACAAGUGUCCACCGCCCCACCUGCCCCGUGUGGUGAGGGCUCCCUUACUGCUGAUUCUGGGCUCAGCCUUCUGGAGGGAUCAAAGGCUGU